AUGAAAUACGGAGGCCGAGGGAGAUUUGGGGCGAUUAUUUUGCAUUUGAGGCCAUACAUUUCACCCACAGAGAGCCCAACGCCUAAUCCAGAGAAGGCAGUUAGGAGUAUGGCGUGCUCCGCAGCUUCGUCUGUACCUAUGCCGCUGCAAUUGAUACCUGAUUCAACUGUACGGAAGCCGGAUUGGGCAGUGAGAGUGUUACCAUGCUGCAUGGCGUGUCAGCAUUGCGAGAGGCAUAGCAAAUCUAUUUGUGAACGUACUUCGCCGGUUACUUCGAAUGGCAGUCGCGUGCUGAGCGGUCGAGGUAGUCUGGGGCGUUCGGCAGGUCGAAUUGAUAGUCUUUUGUUUCACUUACACGGACGGCGAGCAGUCGAUGUUCUACCAUCGUGGGAUUGGCCCAAGGUAGGCGAUCAAUGUUGUAAGAUUAACUCUCGCCUUAGUGGGUAUAGGCGCUGUAUCGCUUUAAGGGCAGGAGUGACUGGGAACGCGCGUUGUAGGGAGAAUAUUGCUUAA